AUGAGUUCGUAUUUUGUGAACUCCACUUUCCCCGCGACUCUUGCCAGUGGGCAAGAGUCAUUCCUUGGGCAGAUUCCGUUAUAUUCAUCCGGUUACGACCCUUUAAGACACUACCCGGCCACAUAUGGGGCUACAAGCAUGCAGGAUAAAAGCUACCCGUCACCCUCUUACUACCAGCAAGCCAACGGAGCAUACGGGUGCAACCGGACACCCUGUGAUUACGGUGCCCCUAGUUUUUAUCGGGAAAAAGACCCUUCAUGCAGCGCCUCCUCCAACAGUUCCAAGUACCACUCACUGGAAGAUCCAACGCAUUAUAACCCCGAACAACGCAAAUUCGAGAGUGCACAAAACAGAAUUUUAUAUGGCGAGGCGGAUGAUCAGAAGAGUUCGCUCCCCGUGUACCCCUGGAUGCAGAGAAUGAACUCCAGUGGUGCCUCAGCAUUUAAUCCAAAUGGACGGCGCGGGCGGCAAACCUACACUAGAUAUCAAACUCUGGAGCUGGAGAAGGAGUUCCACUUUAACCGCUACUUGACCAGAAGGCGCCGGAUAGAGAUUGCACACGCACUUUGCCUCACAGAACGCCAGAUCAAAAUCUGGUUUCAGAACAGGCGCAUGAAAUGGAAAAAAGAGAACAAAUUGCUCAGCUCCUCGCAAUUAAGCGGAGAAGAAACAGAAGAAAAAUCAACAGAGUGAAAACAAGAAGAAACAGAAAGAAAAGGGAACGCUAUGCAGUUCUUUAAUUAAAAAAUGAAUAAUGAAUAUUAAAGUUUACAUUUUGUUUGCUGUUGCGCACCAGUGGAGUUGUACAUUUCUGUAUUUGUUGUGAGAUUUAUUAUAAAGUUAUGCAUUCCUUUGGUCUAGCCAAGCAGGCAAUGUUUCACAUUGGUGUCAAUAGUUUAAAAAGACUAGGAGAACUCCAUGAAUUCUGCAUCUCAAUUGAGCUGUUGCAAUAUUGUGAUUUUUUUUGACGUUCGUCUCAGCUCUCUAGUUAAUGAUGGUGUAUGUUUUGUGAAAUGUGAACAACUAUUUUUGAUUUAUUUUAUCUAUGUACGCGUGCGUGUGUGGAAAUGUGUGUGCGUGCUUGUGGAAAUCACACAAUGAGGUCUAAAUAUUGUAUUUUGAUUGUUUUCGUAACGGAGCGAGGAAAAUAAAAGCAAGUGUCUUAAAAAUUGAGUAAGAGGUUAUUUUUUUAUUUGUGUUUUGUUAAAUUAAUGUGAUU